ACGUUAUUUUUUUCUUUUAUUUUCUCUUCAAUUUUUAUUCUAUCUCUGUUUUCUCAUAAUUGCUUUUAACUUACGUGUAUUUUAUAUCAUUGUUAUUAUGUUUAUUUUGUUUUAAUUAUCCAAAUGAUAUUCGUAAUUGGAAUACAAUAGUUUUUCUGAGAAUUAGUUUUUCUGAGAAAGAUAACAGAAUUAUAUUUCUAAUCAUGAAUUAGAAAUAUUCACUUAUUCUUAUUCAACUUGUCUGAAAUAAAAGAAAUGACGGACAUCAUAAAAUUUCUUUGUGAAAGCAGAAAGUAUUUUAACCAACAAAAUAGGAAAGAGAAAAGAAUCUAAAGAGAAUAUAGCGAGUGGAAUUGAGAUGCUCAGAAUGAAUACGCGUGGUGGUUGAGCGAAGAUGAUAAAAGCUUGCAAAGAAGAAGAGGCAGGUAGUUUUGAUUUCGGGAGCGGGAUAGCAAGAGCUCGAGAUGACCCCGACGACGAUCGUUCAUAUAUGUAUGUUGAUUGCCUGCGGCAUUCUUAACUUUGUGAGCUGCGAAUACAAGUCAUCCAAUGCGAUUCAACAUCUUCUUGUCGGAAAACGAAACCAAGAAGAUAAUGUGAAUUUCUAUGGUAAACAGCAAACCUCAUUAUCCUGUCCAGAAAGAAAUGGUCGAUUUCCAAUUUCAUCUCAAUGCGAUGCCUACAUAGAAUGCAUCGACGGUAUCCCUGAAGAAAAAUUAUGUCCCGAGGGACUUCUAUUUAGUCCUGAAGCAAGAUUCAAUUAUCCUUGCGGAUACCCAAUAGACGUAAAUUGCGAGGGAAGACCUAAUCGACAACCUGCACAACCAACUGCCGAUUGUCCUCAUCAAUAUGGUUAUUUCAAGAUUGGGGAUAAGCAAAAUUGUGGUCAAUUUAUGAAUUGUGCUGACGGAAAAGGAUACAUUUUUGAUUGUCCUGAAGGACUGGCUUUUAAUUCAGAAUCUUAUCGUUGUGAUUGGCCCGAUCAGGUCACUGAUUGCGAUGUUGAAGCAUUCUUGGGCUUCGUUUGUCCAGAAGAUCUCUCUACACGAGAAAUCAAAUUUUUCCGAAGUAAUCUGGACUGUCAGCGGUAUUAUGUUUGCGUAAAUGGCCGACCACGAUUACAAAAUUGUGGUGAGGGUAGGGCUUUUAAUGAGUUAACAGGUGCUUGUGAUGCUGCGGAAAAUGUUACUGGAUGUGAAUUACUUGGAUUGUUACACGAAAAAAAAACUGUGAAAUUAUUUUAAAUAUAAAAAGAAUUUUGAUAGCAUCUGUAAGUUUUUUGCUACAUGAACGAGUGAUUUCUAUUAUCUAAACAUACAUACUAAUAAUGCUACAUAAAUGAAGAAACAAGUUAUUGCAAAUAUGAGUAAGUGAAAAAAUAUGAUGUAAAUAGUUGUAUGUUAAAAUGUUCAAUAUAAAAAAAAAAUAAUAUAGUAAUUUAUAUAACAGAUACUUUUAUAAAUGAAAUUAUCCGUUAAAUAAUCUUUUUUAAAUAAUAUGUGUUAGUAAUAAAAUGUUUUAUACCCAUUUCUUUUUCUUUUUAAUUUCAAUUGUGAAGUUUUACAUCGAAUAUACAUUCAUAUAUACACGAGUUUGAUCUGGUCUCCGAUGUAUAGUUCUGAAGUAGAAGAAUACAAAUGUAAUGUAAUUUAAGUAGUUUUAAUUGACUCGUCUGAAAUUCGGUUUAUAAAAUUGUUUGAAAAUUGAUACAUUUUGAUACGAUCAAAGAGAUUUUAUUUUCAUAUGAAUUUUGUAAAAAUAGGUAACAAUUAAUGUAAGAUGAUGCAAAAAGAAAAAAUGCUGCUUUUGAAAUAAACUUAAGAGUAUAUUCAGUAUUUUUAGAGAACAUUAUACAUUCUUAAAAUAUUUCUAAAUAUUUAUACAUUAUUACAUUCUAAAAAGCGGCAAUUGUUCUUUUGCAACAUCAUGUCCUCUAAAACAUUAAUGUUCUUUCGCAACAUCGUCUACGAAUUGUAUGAUGUAAUUUAAACUUUAGAAAUAUUAUGGUGUUUAAAUUUAUACAUUAAAAAAAUUAUAAAAUUUCAUUAUAGAGGCACAUCUAUUAUAUUUGUUAAUAUAUAUUAUAUCUAUUAACAUAUAUAUGUAUAAGUCAAUGAAUAUUAACAUAAAAUUCAUGGAGAAUUUUAUUAAUAUUUUAUCAAAAUUAUUAAUAUUUUCUUAUAAAUAUCAAAUUAAGAAGAGAAUCAAUUUAUCUCUUUUCUAAAAUAAUUCUAUCAUUUAAAUUAUAAACGUUUUGUAUGUUUUGUAAUAAUUUUAUAGACACAUAUUUUUCAUGUAUACAUCACUGCAUUCAUUCUAAAAUAUAUAAAAUACAAAGAAUCAAACGAAUAAAUCUGUAUUUGUUUCAUUUUAUAUAAAAAUAUAAAAAUGAUUCAUCAUACAGGAUUAAUUAUAAUUAGAAAAUUGUAAUGAUAUUGAUAUGUUUAUUGUAUGAAUAUUUUUCCAAUGUUUUUAUUAUAAAAAAAAAGUAAUUGUUCUAGAAAAUAAUUCUAUAUGAUUAAUAUAUUCAUUAUUAAAAAUUCUGUACAUAUAGAUACAUUUUAUUAUUAACAUGUUAAAAAAAGAGCAUGAUAAUAAAAAUAAAUUGAUACAAUUGUGUGAAGAUAUAUAAUGCACAUAGAAAAUUUUCGAUCGAUUAAUUCAAUAUGUUGUAUUUAUUAUAAUAAACAUUAAAUACACAUAUACACAUAUUUAUUUUAUUUAUGUAAUUUACAACAUAAACGCGAUAUACGCGACAUGAGCAAUUUCUAUGAAACUGCACCUACGUUAAUCCGAACUGAAUAGGAACAGAUAUCGACAUGAUUCGAUUUAAUCCGAUCCAUUAAAAACGACAUACGAAAUUCGAACGAUUCUGAGAAAUUCUUAAAAAUUAUGGUCAAACAAAUUAUUUAUUAUUCAGCAACAGUUACAUUGGACAUCGAUUCAAGCAUAUAAUUUUAAAAUUAGCUAAUAAAUAUAUAUUCAUAUGAUUAUGCAAAUUUGAUUAUAUUUGUUUAUAUUCGCUUAAUUCAUGUUCAAUAUAAUCGUUGCCUAGACCAUCCGAAUUCUUAAAUCGCAGAAAAAAAAAAUAAUUGAAAGUGAAUAUAUAUAUUUACAAAAUCAAAAUUAAUUUAUACAAUAAAUAUGUAAUAAAAUAUAUAUAUAUAUAUAUAUAUAUAUAUAUAUACAUAUUCACCUUAAAUUAUUAUUAUAAAUACAUGCUUUGAAAACCAGUUAGGCUUAACGAAUUCUGGUGCAGUAUUAAUAAUCUUGAGACAAAAAGUGUAAAAAUAUGUAAAAUUGUGUAAAAUUGUGUAAAAUUGUGUAAAAUUGUGUAAAAAAAUAAAUAUUUUAAAGCUUCUUA